GGCGAUUCGAUUUACGACACCUACGUGCUUUUUGCUUAGCAAUUUUUGAUGCACUUAUCUUGGCGCACGCAUGUUAUGUCUCGUGUUACCUUAAAGUUCGGCCAAAAAGAUCCUUAUUUGGAAAAAAAAACUGAAUCCGCCACUGCAGUUAAAAGUAUAAAAGUGAUUGAUUGAAACAUCUGCACCUGCUUUUAUAACAUAUUCUUAAUAAUACAUAAUGUCUACCAAAAUUACAAUCUCUGAACUUGAUCUUGCGUAUUUUCAUUAUAUACCCAAUCGUCCGGCCUGCUACGUCGGCAUAGCUGUCUUCUCUAUUCUGUUUAUCUUGCUAAAUAUUCGUGUCUUAACGUCGGGAUACCGGUGGUAUGUAUAUCUGCUACCACUCACUGCAGCUGCCGAAGUCGUUGGGUUUGCUCUUCGUUACAUCUGCUCUAAAAAUCCUACUACAGACGUCUUCACCGCAAUGUCUAUUCUUCUAUUGAUUUCUGCAAACAUAAUGGCAUUGGUGAAUUACAAAGCGGUUGGAGAUGUCAUCCAAUUAUCCGGCGUAGAAACAAGAUAUUAUGUAAUAGGACCCGACUUUGCAAGGAAUUUUUACAAAACAAAUUUGGUCGCAUCCAUUUUACAAGCUGUUGGUGGUGGUUUGCAAGCUCCAUCUGGUUCAAGAUCGACUGGAUCUACUCUAACAAUUGUGGGUAUCACUAUUCAACUAGUAUUUUUUGCAAUCUUUCUUGUUAGUGUUCAUUAUGUCAAUACCUGCCCUGACUAUCGCUUACAUUACAAUGGCCAAAAUCAUAAAAGAAGUGUGAUGCGGGUGAUGUAUAUCACAAUGGCGCUGCUUUUUGUUCGCUCACUUUAUCGAUUAGCAAACUAUGUUAUUGUUUAUAAUAACCUCGGUGAAGUUCAUGAGUGGACGUUCUAUGUCUUUGAUGCUCUCCUAAUUGCCGUGUGCUUCUUGAUCCAUUGCAUCUGGUUUAUUGGGCAUUACAUACCUCGUGGUACAUUAGAUAUUGAGGGAAAAGGUCCAGAUGCUAUCUAUAUAACAAGGAAUAACGUGUAACAACAAAAUCACCCAUCAGGCCUAUAUUAUUAGAAAACAAGAAUGACCUACCCGCGGUUAUAAUGUUUGAUAUCUCAGCCUAUAUUACUAACUGAUACUUUUAAUGAACUACUAAAUGUGUGUGUAGAAAUCAUAGAUUAAAUUUUUUACAUUAAAUAAACAAUAUUGCUACCUAUACUCAUUGUUGAAUUUUUUUUAAGCAUUCAUUCAUUGUUUAUGACCUCAAAUAAAUUGGAUGGUAUGAACUAUCCGAAAUCAUUCUUCAAUACCGUAUUGAAACAUUAUUUCAAGCAGCUUCAGGAAACAAACGUCACAACAAUAAUUCUUUUUUCUUGCACCCCCCUCAACAAUUUCUGACACAAAGUUCUUCCAAAAGCACGAAUGUUCAAGCAAUGUAAUAAACCACAGUUAAAUUCAUUACCUAA